ACAUGGCCUCUGCCCCCUCCAUGCAGAGGCAACAUGGCGGCCUUAGCAAGCUGUAGCUGCGAGAUUUGAAUUACUUCACUUGUAGCUGUUGCAUGCCUGACAAUGGCCUCUGUGGCUUCGUACGAUUCGCGUCCGAGCUCAGACGAGCUCCCUGGGGACCCCUCGUCACAAGAAGAAGAUGAGGACUGUGAUUUUGAAGAUCGAGUCAGCGACUCGGGUUCAUAUUCCUCAGCGAGUAGCGAUUAUGAUGAUCUUGAGCCUGAAUGGCUGGACAGUGUGCAGAAAAAUGGAGAGCUGUUUUAUUUGGAAUUGAGUGAGGAUGAAGAAGAAAGCCUCCUUCCUGAGACACCAACUGUGAACCAUGUCAGGUUCAGCGAAAAUGAGAUUAUCAUUGAAGAUGAUUACAAAGAAAGAAAAAAGUAUGAACCCAAACUCAAACAGUUUACCAAAAUUUUAAGAAGGAAAAGACUUUUACCCAAGCGCUGCAAUAAAAAAAAUAGCAAUGACAAUGGACCAGUAUCCAUUCUAAAGCAUCAGUCUAAUCAGAAGACAGGAGUCAUUGUCCAACAGCGGUACAAAGAUGUGAAUGUUUAUGUAAACCCCAAAAAGCUAACUGUCAUCAAAGCCAAAGAGCAGCUCAAGCUUCUGGAAGUGCUGGUUGGAAUUAUUCAUCAGACCAAGUGGAGCUGGAGAAGAACUGGAAAGCAGGGUGAUGGAGAGAGGCUUGUGGUUCAUGGCCUGCUGCCAGGGGGAUCUGCUAUGAAGAGUGGUCAGGUACUCAUUGGUGAUGUCCUUGUUGCUGUGAAUGAUGUUGAUGUUACUACUGAAAACAUCGAGAGGGUUCUGUCUUGCAUUCCUGGACCUAUGCAGGUGAAACUGACAUUUGAAAAUGCAUAUGCUGUGAAAAAGGAGACAUCCCAACCAAGACAGAAAAAGACACAAUCGAACACAAGUGAUUUAGUCAAGCUUCUCUGGGGAGAAGAGGUUGAAGGUAUCCAGCAGAGUAACCUAAACACUCCUCAUAUCAUUAUGUAUCUCACAUUACAGCUCGACUCAGAAACCUCAAAGGAAGAGCAGGAAAUUCUUUAUCAUUAUCCAAUGUCUGAAGCAUCUCAGAAACUUAAAAGUGUGAGAGGGAUUUUUCUCACACUCUGUGACAUGCUGGAAAACGUAACUGGGACACAAGUUACUAGCUCAUCCCUCCUUUUAAAUGGAAAACAAAUUCACGUGGCUUAUUGGAAAGAAUCUGACAAGUUGUUGCUAAUUGGCCUGCCUGCUGAAGAAGUUCCUCUUUCUCGGCUAAGGAACAUGAUAGAAAAUGUCGUCCAAACCUUAAAAUUUAUGUAUGGUUCUUUAGAUAGUGCCUUUUGCCAGAUUGAGAAUGUUCCUCGUUUGGAUCAUUUUUUUAGCUUGUUCUUUCAAAGAGCGCUUCAGCCUGCGAAACUGCAUUCCAGCGCCAGUCCCAGUGCUCAGCAGUACGAUGCUUCCAGUGCAGUACUUUUAGACAACCUCCCUGGAGUCCGGUGGCUCACUCUUCCACUGGAAAUCAAGAUGGAAUUAGACAUGGCAUUAAGUGACUUGGAGGCUGCAGAUUUUGCAGAACUGUCUGAGGAUUACUAUGACAUGAGGCGGCUGUAUACAAUUUUGGGGUCUUCUCUAUUUUACAAGGGUUAUUUGAUAUGCAAUCAUUUACCCAAGGAUGAUCUUAUUGAUAUUGCCGUAUACUGUCGCCACUAUUGCCUGCUGCCUUUAGCAGCAAAACAAAGAAUUGGUCAGUUGAUAAUAUGGAGAGAAGUGUUUCCUCAGUAUCACCUCCGACCUUUGGCAGACUCAAGCGCUGAAGUCUUUCCGGAACCUGAAGGAAGAUAUUUUUUGCUAGUUGUUGGCUUGAAACAUUAUAUGCUAUGUGUACUAUUAGAAGCUGGAGGUUGUGCAUCCAAAGCUAUUGGGAGUCCUGGACCAGACUGUAUAUAUGUGGAUCAGGUCAAAACAACUCUUCACCAGCUGAAUGGAGUAGAUUCUCGCAUAGAUGAACGGCUAGCAUCUUCUCCAACCCCCUGUUUGUCUUGUGCUGAUUGGUUCCUUACUGGAUCACGUGAAAAAACAGAUAGCUUGACCACUUCCCCUAUUCUCAGUAGGCUACAAGGUACUUCCAAAGUAGCAACUUCUCCAACAUGCAGAAGAACCCUUUUUGGUGACUAUUCCUUAAAGACACGUAAGCCCAGUCCUUCCCGUAGCAGUGGAGGAUCUGACAAUGGUUGUGAAGGUGGAGAAGAUGAUGGCUUUAGCCCCCAUACUACACUGGAUGCAGUACGGAAGCAAAGAGAAUCUCAGGGCUCUGAUGGUUUAGAAGAAAGGGGGACCUUGCUUAAGGUCACUAAAAAGAAGUCUACUCUUCCAAAUCCAUUUCAUUUGGGAAACUUGAAAAAGGAACUUCCAGAAAAAGAAUUAGAAAUAUAUAAUACAGUGAAACUGACAUCUGGUCCUGAGAACACACUUUUCCAUUAUGUUGCCUUAGAAACAGUGCAAGGAAUCUUUAUUACUCCUACCCUUGAAGAGGUGGCACAGCUAAGUGGCUCUAUCCACCCUCAGCUAAUAAAGAAUUUCCAUCAGUGUUGUCUCUCCAUUCGUGCAGUUUUCCAACAGACACUGGUUGAAGAGGAGACUUUUUCUUCAUCCAAAACCUCAAGAACUUUAUGUCUGUUUUCAUGACUCAGUCACAGAAAUUGCCAUUGAAAUAGCUUUUAAAUUGUUCUUUGGGUUAACCUUGUAGCCGUGCUUUCUUGAUGUGUAGAAAUACAUGCAUAGAGGAUUAAACACUGUCAGAAUUGCUGAAAUCAAUACAAAAAGAGAUAAAAUUUAGCUUCUUUUUACUUUUCAAUAUUGAACAUAAUAUUGUUAAAUAUUGAUAUGAAAUGCUGUUGGAUUUGAUAUGUUAAAUCUUAAUGUAAUAUUGUAAGACUUUUGAGAAUAUACUUGAUCAAAAUGUGAAAGAAGGGAUUGUUAACUUAUUGCUAUUUUGAUAUAUAAUGUUAAUUUAUUGACUAGUUUGAAAUAAUGUGAAGUUUUUUAUAUAAGAUUAAUAUAGGAAAUGUUUACUCUUGAAAACUAUCCAAUUUGUUUAUUUUUCUCAAAAUUCAUACUGAUAUCUGGUGAAACAAUUAUGAUUGGGAGGAGGUGACCAGGUGCUGUAGCUAAGUAGUGCUAUGACCAUGAGCAAGUUUUUGUACCUCUCUAAGCUCAGAGUUUUCAUGUAAAAUGAGAUGAUUGCAUUGAGGUUUCAAAAGUCCCUCUUAAGUAAAAUGUGCUUUUAUUUUAUUUUAGUUUUAGUUUUAGUUCUGGGGUACAUGUGCAGGAUGUGCUGGUUUGUUACAUA